UACAAAUGAAUUUAUAUUUCAAUUCAUUAUUAUAUGUUUGAAAUUUGUUCAUCGAAAAUGGCUAGAACAAUCACAAACUGUAUAUUCUGGGAAAAUUGUAACAGAGCUCUGAAACAUACUUCACUACCAAGUAUACCAAGUUUUGGACCUAGAAAUCUGAGCAACUACUAUCAUCCUACACAAUGUUCUCAUCCACCCUAUCGAUCUGUUACUCCUGUUAUGAUUCCCUUUCAUAUGCCUGGGGAAGGAGCUUCACAAUUGCGUUUUCCACUUCCUUUGAAUGCCUCCUCAUUGUUACAUUCUACCACAACUAGUGCUCUUGGUCACAGAUGGUAUGCAUCUUCUGCCCAAGGAAAUUCUACGGAAAAUAAAUUGAAAGAGGAGCCUGUUGAUGAAAGCAAGUUGGGGCUCGUUGCUCGUUUCAAAUUGAUGUACAAACAAUACUGGUAUGUGCUGAUCCCUGUCCAUUGGGCCACCUCAGCAGUCUGGUACGGUUCAUUCUUCAUCGCUGCCAAGAAUGGCGUUGAGAUCGUGCCGAUGCUAGAAGCUAUGGGAGUUACUAGCGACAAAAUUUUAUCAGUACUCAAAGACAGCAAUGCUGGGUACUAUGCAAUAGCAUACGCUAUGUACAAAUUGGCAACUCCUGCGCGCUACACAGUCACUCUGGCCGGUACCACAUAUUCCAUUAACUACCUGAAGAAAAGGGGCUACAUCAAACCUGUACCAUCAAAGGAGCAGCUCAGAACGAUAUACGAGGACAAGCGUGAAGAGAUGCGCGGCAAACGAGACGAGUUGAUGGACAAGUUAGAGGAGCGGCGAGGGGAAUUGAGGGACAAGUUCGAGGAGCGGCGGGAGGAAUUGAGGGACAUGAUAGAGGAGCGGCGCAGCGAGAUGCACGAGAAGCGCAAUGAGCUGACCAAGCGCUUGCAGUCUGGUACCAAAGAAAUGAAGAAUAAGAUCGCGGAGCGUUCCGAUGAAAUCAAAGAGAAAUUGGAGCAGAAUUCGCACAAUCUUCAACAAAGUUUGGAGAGUUCAUCAAGCAAAUUUAAGCGUAAAGUCUUGGAUGAAAGCAGAAAAAUUCAAAGCCAUGUGCCAGAAAUUGGAAGAAAAGAUUAGCAGCUCGUGAGUUUCAGCUGAUGGCAAGAAAAUGUUCCUCAGUUCGGUAGUUUACUUGUAAUCUCGCUUAUGUUUUGUACAGAACUUUAUAUUAGCGAAAAUUUAACUAAUACCCAUAUUUCCUGUAGAGUUCUACAAGGAGUUUUAACUGUGAUUAAUAGAAACUACCGUAUGUUCUGCACUGUUGAAACUCUCAUGCUAUUUUUUGUAUGUUGAUGAAAUAUUUCAACAUUUUAUUCUACCAUUAUAAUUUUACCGAACUACACUACCUUCGUUUACGAAGCAGACUAUUUUCUUCAUAAUUGUAUCGUUUCUGCGACGAAGUGAAAAAACUUCUAUGAGAGGCUUCAACUUGUCUUUCAUUGUCUUUUGGAUGGACAUAAUAGCGUCAUAGCAUGCGCAUCGAUGGAACUCAACGUGAAACAGAAUGAAGGGUUUGAUCUUUCUCAUUAUAUGAUUUUCUGAAGCAACAACACGCAUUGAAUACUCUUAGUGGAACGGACCUGAGUGCGGAGAUCAGGGCUUUCAGACAGGAAGCCCAGUUUUAUACUGCUCUUGAACACUUUGAAAUCUCAAGCCUAAAGUGGUAGAAAUACAUUCGUUUUUCAAACUGAAUAUUAAUAAAUGAAUUUAAGGGCCAAUCCAAAAACAAACUCACAUGCAAGCGAGCAGAAAUAAUAUAUUUUACUUAAUGACAAACGCUCUCAGCGCUCGUAGAUGCCAUUCGACUUUCAUCAUUUUCAACUCUCUCCGCCUGUAAGCAAGCUAGGGACGUUUGUGUUAGCUGAUUCUAGCAUGUUGGGCAGUAAAACUUUUUAUUUUCUGCGAUGCUAUUGCAAUGCAGGAUAAGUGAUACGACGGCAUCGCUGGUGUAAUUAAAAUUUGGCAUCGCUGGUGAAAAACAGGGAGUUUCUGGUGAAUAUCAAGGUAUCGCUGGUGAAGAUCAAUGCACACUGGCGAAAAACAAGGCAUCGCUGAUUUAACAGAGUAGCCACGGCGUAUGGAGGAUUUGGUUACUUAAAGAUCGUCUGAAUCGCAUGCAAAUGUGUUGUGGCAUUAUACUACACGUUUUGUGCCAGGUGUUGCAAUAAGAGAUUGAGUCUAUCGACGUACAAAAUAGUGAGAGAUGAGAAUGGAAAGUUGUGUGACAAGAGAAAGGACACCUACAUCUGGCUGGCCAGAUGUCGUUUCAGUUGUGCAAACACUUCGUCACUCCACAACGAAUUCUACUCGUGAUGGGCGAAGUUUAAGUUGUUCUUUAAGAGUGGAGCAAAAUAUUAAUGUAUAUAUACUUCAUUUUUUGGGCUUUAAUUUCGCUUUCGACUAUUCAGCCUUUUAUCUGUUCUGUACUUAGAAUAAAUUCAGUUCAUUAAUUCAA